CUCUCUCCCACUUUCUUACACUGCACCACCACUCUUCUUAUUAAUUUCAACAUUUCACCCGAUCGAGUCGGACCUAAUGAUGCUGCUGCGUACCACCGUCUCAAUUCUUCUCUGGUCAUCCUCGCCAUCCUUCAUCGCCUCUCCCACUCUCGCAGCAACUCCGUUUAAAACCAAAUCUCAUUCUCCCUUAGUUGCAUUUCCAAAUUACCGAUCCACCCUUGCUUCUCCUCGCUGCACCGUGAGUGAUAGUGACUCUGUGAAAUUUCAAGAGAUGGCCGCCGAAGACGCUCAAGAUCCUCGCCUAGCGAAAAUUGCCUCAGCAAUCAGAGUCAUACCCGACUUUCCCAAGCCAGGGAUUAUGUUCCAAGAUAUUACUACCUUACUUCUGGAUACCCAGGCUUUCAAGGAUACCAUUGAUUUGUUUGUUGAGAGGUACAAAGACAAAGAAAUCUCUGUUGUUGCAGGUAUUGAAGCUCGAGGUUUUAUUUUUGGCCCUCCUAUUGCGUUGGCCAUUGGGGCUAAAUUUGUACCUAUGAGAAAGCCGAAUAAGUUGCCUGGGAAGGUUAUUUCUGAAGAGUACUCUUUGGAGUAUGGAACUGACACGAUGGAAAUGCAUGUGGGAGCUGUAGAAGCAGGAGAACGUGCCCUGAUCAUUGAUGAUCUCAUUGCAACUGGAGGAACUUUGGGUGCUGCAAUCAGGCUACUUGAACGUGUUGGGGUGAAGGUGGUUGAGUGUGCCUGUGUAAUUGCACUGCCAGAACUAAAGGGUCGGGAACGAUUGGGAGACAAUCCGUUAUUUGUUCUUGUCAAUGCACCUGGAGCAUGAUUGUAAUGGAAUUGAUGCUCUUUGCCAUUUGAGUUCUUGGAUUCUUUGAAGCUUUUAUUGGAGCUGUAGAGUUUCAAAAGAAAAUUUGAUUUUUAGCAGGGCUGCACCUAUGGCUGAUUAUAAAGGAUUUGUUUACACUUUGAUGGUUGAAGAGCUGAGAAAACUUGGUAGAUGGCAUGUAUUGAGAGCAUAAAUAAGUAACUCGUUUUUCUGUUAUUGCUUUUAUAAGCGUGUGCUAAUAACCGUAAUAUUACUACGAAGUGAUUAUGUUGACUUUUUACUUUUUUA